AUGGCCACCCAGCAAAAGAAACGAGUUGCAGUCAUCGGGGCCGGCGCGGCUGGUAUGUCCUGCGCCACAGCCCUAGCCAAGCACCCGGACAAAUUCACCGUAACUCUAAUCGACAGCGUCGGCCAAACCGGCGGCCAAGCAACUUCCCUAGACCUAGAUCCAAAGCAACACGGCGCAUCGUGGCUAAACGACGGUGUACAAGGGGGAUCGGGCAUCUUCAAGCAUACAUUCCGCUUCUUCAGCCGAUACGGGUUCUCCCCGCACGAAGUGAAGCUCCAAGUCUCCUUUGGAAAGGGUCCCGAUGCGUUUUUCACCAAUGUCUUCCCCAGUCCCCUCGUCGAUAGCUUCGCGGCUGAGAUUCGGAAGUUGGGACGGGUCUUGAAGGUUAUUAAGUACUUUCUCCCUGUGUUGGGAAUCGUUCCCGUGAAGGUUAUCUUGAAGCUCUUCCGGUUCAGCACGGAGUUUGGAAAUCGUAUGCUCUUGCCAUUGCUGGCAUUAUUCCUAGGAACGGGCAACCAGACUCCGAAUAUCUCCGCUGCGCUGCUGGAGCGGCUCAUGAAUGAUCCGCAGAUGGGGCUUUGGACGUAUGACCCUGAUGGACUUUUAACGAAUCUGCCAACAAUGUAUACGUUUCCCCGGCUGAGCGAAUUCUACCAUGCGUGGUCGACGGAUCUCGAGCAGGGGAAGGGGGUGAGACUUCUCCUAAGCACGACGGUUGAUAUUGUAUCUCGGAAAUCCGGCCCCGGUGGCAUCGUGCUGAUGUUCCAUGCGCGCGAGGGCGAGCGGACAGAGUCCUUCGACGAGCUUGUCCUCGCUACACCCGCCGACGAGAGCCUGAAGCUGCUGGGCCGACACGCGACGUGGCGCGAGCGAUACGUUCUGGGCGGCGUCAAGUUCUACGACGACGUCACAAUCACACACAGCGACGCCGCGUACUUCAACAGCAUCUUCGAGACCCGAUUCCGCGACGAGCUCUGCUCCGACCGGAUCACGAGCGCAAGCGCAAAACGUCAGGACCAGCUUUCCUUCGCAACGACAUCCCCGCCCGUCUGCGAGACAAACGGGUGGCGCGGGUUUGCGCCCAUGUACUUUAUGCACUCGUACGAGUCCGAGCAGGAUAAGAUCGAGAUGGGCUUUGACUGCUCGAAUUACCAGCACCAGUUCCGCGAGGCGGUUGGGGAAGGGAAUGCGCCGCUGGCGCCGGAGAGGCAUGUUUAUCAGACGAUUUUCCUGGAUAAGGAACGGUCGGAUCUGUGGACGAAGGAUGCGAUUGAUAAAAACAAGGUUAUUGGGGAGAAGUGGUGGCAUCAGUUUGGACAUCGGUGGCAGCAUUAUCUGCGGGUUGUCCCUGGGAUGAUGUUUGUUAAUGGGGAGAAUAGCACGGUUUUUGCCGGGGCUUGGACUCUUGUGAAUAUGCAUGAGAUCGCGUGUAUCUCUGGUAUUGCAGCCGCGUACCGGCUUGGUGCGACUUAUGAAGAGUUUGAUGACUUUGCGACGGGGCUGUUUUCAAAAUAUCUGCUUCUCUCGCAUGGGGUGCGGUAUAAACCGCAGGAUAAGAAGCGCACUUGA